AUGGUGAUGGACUUUCUCAGAUCACUAAAUACAUUUCAAGUAUAUGAGAAUGGGACAGACAAUAAUAUGCAAUCAGAUUAUCGUUAUAAAUUUGCUCUUCCAUUUGAAUACAUCGAAAAUCCAAAAGAGAAGACAAUCAUCUUUCAACAACACUGGUAUCACUCCAUAACUAUUUCAAUUGUAUAUUUUAUAGUAAUUAAAAUUAUUCAACAUGCUAUGAAAGAUAGAAAACCAUUUGAAUUACGGUUACCAUUAUUUUAUUGGAACGGAGGUCUGGCGUUAUUCAGCAUAUUGGCACUUGUGCGAUUCAGUGAGGAUUUCUUUGAAUCAAUGAUUAACAGAGGCUUUUACAAGACAAUCUGUUAUUCAGUUCAUCCAAAUGAUGUAGCUGCAUAUUGGUGUUUAGCUUUUGCUUGGUCAAAAGUCAUAGAACUUGGAGACACCUUGUUCAUCGUCUUACGUAAACGACCAUUAAUUUUCCUUCAUUAUUAUCAUCAUGCAGCUGUCUUAAUCUACACUGUUCAUUCAGGUGCUGAGCAUACUGCUCCUGGAAGAAUCUUCAUUUGGAUGAAUUAUUUAGCUCAUUCAUUCAUGUACUCUUAUUAUGCUAUCAGAGCAUAUGGAGUACGAAUUCCGAGAUGGAUUUCAAUGGCAGUCACCACAAUCCAAACAAUGCAAAUGUUGGCCGGAGUAGCUGUCACUUUCAUCGUUCACCGAAUUAAGACAGUUUAUAAUUGGCCAUGCCAACAAUCAGUAUCAAAUCUCUACUUGGCGUUCAUCAUCUACUUCACUUUCGCUCUCUUAUUCAUACAAUUCUUUUAUGAUACUUAUCUAACGAAGAAGAAAGCAGCACAGAAUAAUAAAAAAGAAACGAAGAAAAUCCAAUAA